GGGAUGGACUCGGAGAGAAAAGCAGACGGAAUAAUAAUGGUGGUCGCUAGCAGGAGAUGCUGACGUUCUGUAACUGCCGGCUUUAGGGCUUCACUGCCAUGUGCCGUCCAUAGAGGAGAGAGAGCCAUACCGCCUGUUAUUUAAAUGCAGACGAGCCAGGGGUUUCUCACUUCCAACUUGUGCUCUCUUUUCUUCAUUCUCCUCUUCUUCCUCUUCCCAGGGUACGCUCACGCUGUCCCCAUGAGCAGGACCGUCGGCCUUACUCUUCGUCGUGAACAAGGAAAGGAAGAAAACAUGCAAAAGUUGGACGGCCUUUCUGGUGACUCUACUAGCCAGCAAGGAGUUUUCGAUAGCUUGGUAGAUGAGAAGUGCGAUGAUGGUGUCGAUGUGGAGGAGUGCUUGAAGAGAAGGAUGAUGAGUGAAGCUCACCUGGAUUACAUCUACACGCAGGAGGUCAAGCCAUAGCUAUGAUCAGCUGUAAAUUACCAACGGCUAGAAGAUGAGAUGUUGUUUGCUGAAAUGAGACUGUUGUUGGCUCUUUUGUCUGAUAAGAUUUUACAGUAAUAUGAAAUGAACUUAUGUAACUGAUCGAAUAUUUUGCCAACUUAUUCGGCAAUUUUCUUAUACCAAUUCUUCUGGUCUUCUUUCGA